AUGACUACAUCUAAUAGUUUUGUAGAACACAAAGAAAAUAACACAAUCCGAAAAAGUAUAGGAAACAUUAUCAAAAGUGCAUGUAGUGCAAAAGUGAUAAAGAAACGUUUACCAAUUAUACAAUGGCUUCCAAAGUACAACGUUACGCUUUUAAUGCAAGAUAUCAUAGCUGGAAUAACUGUUGGAUUGACCGCAAUACCUCAAGGUAUAGCUUACGCCGUCGUUGCUGGCCUCUCACCGGAAUAUGGAUUGUACGCUGGUUUAUUGGGAGGAUUCGUAUAUUUAUUUUUUGGAAGCUGUAAGAAUAUAACUAUAGGGCCUACUGCGAUCUUGGCGACUAUGACAGCAAAAUACGUGGCUGAUUAUUCUCCGGACUUUGCCGUGUUAGCGGCUUUUUUAACUGGAAUAAUAGCUCUGGCUAUGGGGAUUUUAAAUCUUGGAUUUCUUGUCGAAUUUAUUUCUAUUCCUGUGAUAAGUGGAUUUACAACGGCUGCAGCCAUGCAAAUAGCUGGUGCACAGCUGAAGGCAUUUUUUGGUCUUAGUGGAGGAUCAGGAAAAUUUUUUGCCGAGUCCGUAUAUAAUUUUGUACGUAAUAUCAAGACAGCAAAUCUCUGGGAUCCUGUACUUGGAUUUACUACGAUUGUGAUCCUUAUAUUUUUGAAGAAAGUAGGUGAAGGCUGUGGACGUAAAGAUAAUUUCAUGAAACAGCUCCGAUGGUUCACGUCACUGGCUAGAAAUGCCGUUGUCGUUAUCCUCGGCAUAGUUGUAGCGUAUGUUUUUAAAGUCACUACUGAUAGUGAACCGUUAGUUCUAGUAGGUGACAUUGGAAGAGGAUUGCCAAAAUUUCAACCACCACCAUUUAGUACUACAGUUGGUAAUAAAACAUACAUUUUUAGUGAUAUGGUUCAAGUGUUGGGACCACAAUCGAUCGUUUUACCGCUUGUCGCCAUACUUGAAUCAGUAGCGAUAGCUAAAGCUUUUGCCGGAGGUAUUCAAGUGGAUGCUACUCAAGAAAUGAUAGCACUUGGUUUUUGUAACAUCAUGGGAUCGUUUGUAAGAAGUAUGCCUAUAACAGGUUCCUUUACAAGGACAGCAAUUAAUUAUGCCUCUGGCGUUCAGACACCAGCUGGUGGUAUCUUUACUGGUUUUUUAAUUAUUUUGGCUUUGAGUUUACUAACCUCAACAUUUUACUACAUACCGAAAGCAUCAUUAGCGGGACUUAUAAUUACAGCUAUGUUUUCCAUGAUUGACUACACAAUAUUUCCCAAGCUAUGGACGAGUAGUAAACGAGAAUUAGUUAUUAUUAUUUUCACUAUAGCAAUAUGUUUGUGCGUGGGGUUGGAAUAUGGUAUCGUAUCAGGAAUUCUGUUAGAAGCAGCAAUGUUGCUAUAUUCAACUGCGAAACCCUCACUAAAUAUUGAAAUUGUUAAACGAGAAAAUGGCGAUUUAAUUAUUUUACCAUUAACUGGAAACGUAUCUUACUGCGCAGCAGAACAUGUGCGGCGAGCAUUAUUGCAAGCAUCACAGACAGCUGCUAUGGAUUCAGUCAUCGUUGUUGAUGGUUCCAACCUAAAGCAUAUGGAUUCAACAGUAGCAUCCAACUUGAUGUCAAUAGUUAAAGUCUUAGAGAAAAAUUCUUGUCAAAUAUUGUUCUUAAAUUUCAGUUCUGAUUUCAAGAAAAUGUGUUUAGUUCUAAAUCCGACAUUUGCCAAUAAAUUUGUUGUGGCUUCUAACGCUGUUGAACUCAUAGAUAUAACACAAAAAAAUGUUUGA